UAAAGUCACCAACCUUCAAACUGUGCCAAUAAGUCAUCCAGUAUGCUUCCAUAGUCCAAAACGAUGUUUAUUUGCUUGAUCGAUGUGACGCUAAGAAUGGUGCCUUGUGUACAUCCACUUUGCUGCAUCAUCUUCUCUGACAUGUUUUCACCACAUUUCUUCAAGUUGUCAUCUAUUGUUACACAUGAAUCAAAAGCUGACGAUGUCCCCUGUAAUAUUCCAGAGCUAUUUUUUGGCGUGGAGCAACGUGUACGGAGAGGCAGACGUCUGUUUCACCUAAGCACAGCAUUCUUGUACGCGUCUCGUAGUGAACCUUUAUUUUGGUAGUUGACAAGAUAGGCUGAGAGGUCACAAACGCUCACCCAAACUUGAGUGACAUCUAAUCCAGCCAAUAGUAUGCUUUCUUCUGACAAUGUAGGUUGGUCAUUCAUCCCGAUUGGUGAAUCCCUCACGUUUUUGACGGCAUGCGUAUCUGCCGCAUGGUUUUGGUUGUCACAACAACAUUGGAGUUGCCGCCUACUCUGCUUGCUUUACGCAUCGUAGAGCAGCAUUUCUCGUCAGCAAUUUCGGGUUUGUACUCCCUAAAAGUGUGUGUUGCCUGUGAGUGUGAGUCGUCUGUGCUUUCUGUGAGUCGAGUGUUGUGAAGACAUCAUGGAUGGACGCGGUAGGAAGCGCUAUACUUUGGCCGAAAUCCACGCUCAACUUUUUGAUGACGGCGGGAAUGAGACAGAGGAUGAUGCGGUGUCCGAAGCUGACAGCACCGACUCAGCGCUUCAGGCGUUUGAGGACGGCAUAGAUGUCGUCCUCGAUUUUGAGGAGACAUCUGACUCGGAUGAUGGGAACACAUCUGAUGACCCUUUGGAAGGGACUUCAACUGCCCCACACCCAGCUGCCUCUCCAACUCCUCCAGCUGCCUCUCCAACUCCUCCAGCUGCCUCUCCAACUCCUCCAGCUGCCAGCAGUGUGCGCAUGAGUGGCAGGCGCCGUGAUCUCCACCCUGCUCCAACUCCAUGCCCUCCUCCAGUUAGUCGUGGUAAGCGCCCCUCAAAAGCCUCUGCUCCAACUCCAUGCCCUCCUCCACCAAGCCGUGGUGCUACGAGUGGUAAACGCACCUCACAAGCCCCUGCCUCAACGCCAAGCCGUCCUGCGAAGCGUGCAUCCCUGGGUCCACCGCCGCAGGACUCCGACUUCUGGCGUGAUGCAACGAGUGAAGACGUGGAGCCUCCACCGUUGCCAUUUCGACCCAGGCGCCCUCCAGGACCACAGCUGGACCCUCAGGUAGACUACCGGCCGCUUGACCUGUUCUUAUUGUUUUUCAGCAAGGACGUGGUUAGGACCCUGUGCAGGCAUACCAAUCUCCAUGCUGCAAAAAGGGCUGCACAAGGACGAAAGAGGAAGUGGGUCGACAUAGAGCCGGAGGAGAUGUACCGCUUCAUCGGAUUGGUCAUCUACAAGGGAUUGAUGAAGUUGCCAGAGAUGCGGGACGGAUGGAGGAAGGACCGCCUUCACAGUUUUCCCUUCCCUGCAUCCGUCAUGCCAGGGUACAGAUACGAGGUAAUCUUCUCAACCCUUCACAUGAGUGACCCGGCUGUUGAUGCAGCAAAUGAUCAGCUGAAGGGCCAGCCUGGGCACGAUGGCCUCUGCCGCCUCAGGCCGCUGCAUGAUGACCUCCUGACGGCGUGCAGGGCUUACUUCCACCCGCUCCAGAACCUCUCAGUGGAUGAGAGGAUGGUAGGCACCAAGUCCCGGAUCGGGAUGAAGAUGUACAGCAAGGACAAGCCAACAAAGUGGGGGUUCAAGCUGUUUGUCUUGGCUGACAGCUCGAAUGGCUAUACGUCGUAGGAGGUGGUAACAGCACAUUGCUUGUUUCAAUUUUGCAAUCGUUCUGGCUAACGGGGCUCUGGUAUGGACUGUUUUAUAAUAUGUUUAUACUCCUCCUCAAAGACUGAAGCAGGUUUAUGAGGGAUGAUAGGUCCUACUAUUGGUUUAUUUGAAAUAAUGGUACAAAAACCCAAUUGUAAUAUUGUUGUGCUUUGAUGCCUAUUAGUACUGUGGACAUUGUUAUGUACCAUCUAUGUCAUUUUAAUAAUCUGAAAGUGAAAGUGAAAGCCCUUCAAGUGUUGGAUUUUACAUGCUGAAAACAUGUGCAAUGAGGAACUGUGGUGUUUUACUGUAAUCUGAAAUCUAAAAAAAAGGUGAUUUUCACAUUUUUGUUGUAUAUAAUGAUCUGAA